GCCUCUUCUCCCUGCUUCCACCCCUCUUCUCUGGCCACUGGUCCUUCCCUUUGGCCUUCCCUGCCGUGAGCCUCUCUGGCCCUCCUGCUCCUCUGCUCUUGUCCCCGCCUCUCCUCCUUGGUCGCCUCCCUUAAAUUCCCCUCCUCCUCCUCCUCUCGGCCCCCUCCACUGCUGCUCCCCCACCCCUUCCCUCUCUCUGCCACCCCUCCUGUCCUCCCGCUCUUCUCUCUUCUCUGCCUGGGUGGUCUGGCAAAGUGUUCCCUGUCCCCCCUCCUUUCCCUCCGAUGGCUCUAGUGGUGACCCCCUGGCAGGAGGGGCUGCCUGGGGCUCCCCCGGGCCUCCCACUUCCUCCCCCUGCUGCCGGGGCUCCCGAGCCAGGGGGAGCCGCCACCGCUGGGGGCGAGAGCAAGGCCUCUCAGGCCACGGUGGACUGCAUGGUGUGCGGGGACAAGGCCAGCGGGAAGCACUACGGGCAGUUCACCUGCGAAGGAUGCAAGAGUUUCUUCAAGCGCUCCGUGCGCCGGAACCUGAGCUACACCUGCCGAGCCAGCCGCCAGUGCCCUGUGGACCAGCACCACCGCAACCAGUGCCAGCACUGCCGCCUCACCAAGUGCCUCAAGGUCGGCAUGCGCCGUGAAGCUGUCCAGCGGGGCCGCAUGGCACAUACUCAGCCCAGCCUGGGCCAGUACCCCCUGGGUAACGGAGACCCCUACAGCUGCCCCUCCUACCUGACGGGCUUCAUCUCGCUGCUGCUGAGGGCUGAGCCGUACCCGACCUCCCGCUACGGGGCCCAGUGCCUGCAGCCAGGCAACAUCAUGGGCAUCGAGAACAUCUGUGAGAUGGCCGCCCGCCUGCUCUUCAGCGCCAUUGAGUGGGCCAAGAACAUCCCCUUCUUCCCUGACUUCCAGCUGGCGGACCAGGUCUGCCUGCUGCGCAUGACGUGGAGCGAGCUUUUCGUCCUCAACGCAGCUCAGUGUGCCUUGCCUGUCCACGUGGCCCCCCUCCUGGCCGCUGCCGGGAUCCACGCCUCGCCCAUGUCCGCCGACAGAGUGGUGGCCUUCAUGGACCACAUCCGGGUCUUCCAGGAGCAAGUGGAGAAGCUGAAGGCGCUGCACGUCGACUCGGCCGAAUAUUCCUGCCUCAAGGCCAUCGCGCUCUUCACCCCGGACGCGGUGGGACUCGCAGACUUGUGCCAUGUGGAGAAUGUGCAGGAGAAAUCCCAGUGCGCCCUGGAAGAAUAUGUCCGGAACCAGUACCCCAACCAGCCCAGCCGCUUCGGGCGCCUCUUGCUGCGCUUGCCUUCUCUGCGCAUCGUCUCAGCCCCGGUGAUCGAGCAGCUCUUUUUCGUCCGCCUGGUGGGCAAGACCCCCAUCGAGACGCUGAUUCGGGACAUGCUUCUGUCCGGAUCUAGCUUUAACUGGCCUUAUAUUCCCAUGCAGUGAGAGGCGAAGGCUCGGGUGGAUUCCUCGACGGGAGCCUUCCCCCUGCUUGGCCUCACAGUCCGCCCCCCCCCCCAGCGCACAGACAGACCAGGGGACAGUGGGGGCCGUGGGGGCGCCUGGGCUCCCCCAGCUCUGAAACAGCCACGGAGGGACUUGGUGCUGGCAGUGCCCAAGAUUGUACCCACGUUCCCAUAUUUAUGCCACUCUAAUGUGAACAAAACCACGGAUGUUUUUAAAUAACGGGAUCGAUGCCUUUAGGGUUGUUUUUUGAAGCCGUGCCUGUUGCAGUGUCUUUGCUGCCCAAGAACCAAGGGCAGGUGCCUGAACGGGAGGCGUUUUCUCUGUGCUGGUCUUGGAACUCUGGUCCAUCGGCCGCCUUCUCCAGGCCGCUUGCUUAAUCGGUGAACUUUUUGGGGAAGGCAUUUCAGCCACUAGGCUGCUGGAAGAGUUUCUGCACUGGGAAAGAACUUUGUCGAGAGCGACUCGGUGAUUUAUGAAAAGAAAGCAAAGCUGCCUGUGUGACUCGCCUCAGUUGUGCAAUAAGACCCUCCCCCUGCCACAACACACGCACAGUCGCACCUUCCUUUUUGAGCUGGGGCAUAAAAGUGUAAGGAAAGGGGGGAGGGGUCGAUUGCAAACCCACGUUUGUGUGUGCGUGCAUGUAGGCCCACACAAGGGUGGGGGGAGAGAAGUGUUUAUCCUACCCGUUCCUGGGGGCCCCCAAGGGCUGCAUCACCCCCCUCCCAGGAGAAAGGGGCUCCUACAGCCUGUGGUGGGGUGUGUGCGUGGCUGGGAGCAGUACAGUAAUGUACAGAGAGACUCACGCCGAUGAGAUUUGUGAAAGACUCGCAGAUGGGGAAAACCAUUGUGUCCCUUUCCUGGGAGAGAGGGGAGGGGGGGUGCUGUGGGGUCUUGGUUUCUAAAGGAGGGGCAUAAUGAGAAACGGUGGGAGCGCCUCUCCGUAGAGGGAGGAACUAUUUAUAGAGGACAAUAAACCUUCUGCUAUACCUGAUUCCUGUUGCUCCACCCUGCCCCUUUUUAUUUUGGGAUUUGACAUGCAAGGGGAGAAAAAGGGGAAUUAAUCCUUUGGCAGAGUCCCCUCCUGAUGAAAAACGAGGAGACAAAAAGAAACGAAAUCCA